ACCGCGGGAGAAAUGUGUCCAAAACUUUUUCAUACAAGAGAUUGACUGACUGUUGUCAAAGCGAAAGGGUCGCCGUUCAGACAAUCGGCAAUCGGCUCUUUAACCUUACCUUCAUUUCUACCUGGAGGCAAAAUGAUUAAAACAUUUUAUGAAGGGGGCAUGGGCCUCACCAGUGAGAAGCAAUCGGUUGUAUUUGAUUUCGGAGUGCGAUUUACCAAGGCUGGUUUCGCUGGGGAAGCUGCACCUCGCUGCAUAGUACGAACUGAAGUCCGCUGUUCAAGAAGUGGUCAAAUGCGAAAAGUAUUUGAUGCGCUAAAUUCUGAUGAGCAGUAUGAUCUUCUUGUUGAUUUCAUUCACAACCUGUACUUCAGGCACUUACUUGUUAGCCCCAAAGACAGAAGAGUAGUGGUUGUAGAGUCAGUCCUCUGCCCUACAGCUAUUCGUGAAAUGCUUGCUAAAGUUCUUUUUAUGCAUUUUGAGGUUUCUUCCCUAUUGUUUGUUCCGUCUCAUGUGGUUGCUUUAAGUACUCUAGGGGUUAACACUGCACUUGUUGUCGAUAUGGGUGCAGUUGAAACUGUUGUCAUUCCUGUUCAUGAAGGAGUUGCUGUGUUGCAUGCUUGGCAAGCCCAACCCCUAGCAGCAAAUGCAGUUGAAAGUCAAAUUAAGGAGAUGCUCUCGGAAAGAGAGAAAUCAAAACCUUCUGAAGGUUUUGCAAACCUCACAGAAGCAAAUAUUGAGGAUAUCAAGGUACGGGCGUGCUUUGUCACAACACUUCAGAGAACUCUAAAGGCAGAAGAAGGCAAACCAUGUCCCAGUCCUCCAAGUGUCAAGUACUUGGUUGGACCUGAUAGCCACAUUUUGAAUAUCAGUGGUGAUAUAAGAGAAAAUUCUUUUAAUGUGCUCUUUCAGCAGGAUGCUGAUCAGAUCAGUGUUUCAACAAUGAUACUUGAUGCGAUCAUAAAGUGUCCCAUUGAUAUGAGAAAACCAUUGGCUGAAAACAUCCUUCUAAUUGGGGGUACUUCCAUGGCUAUCGGCAUGGGGGCUAGAAUAAAAGAAGAAUUAGAAUUUUUAUCUGCUUCCCCACAGUACUCAGAACGCCUCAAAAUCCGCUCCUUUCAGUUCCAUUCUCCUCCAGCCAAGGGAAAUUACACUGCAUGGUUAGGAGGUGCAAUUUAUGGUGCAACUGAUUUUGUCACAAUAAAAUCUUUAUCGAAAGAAGCUUAUUUGAGGGAGAGGAAAGUUCCUGAUUGGGUCAGUUUAAUUCAUAAUACUUACAAUGCGGGAACAAAGAGAUCUGUCUAAACCAUUUACAUACAGUAUUAACAAAAUCUUUCCCCAAAGAAACCACAAAUGAAUUUUUUAAAAAUUGUAUGCCCUCCUGUUUCUAUUCAAGCAGAGGUUUUUUUGCACCUCAAAUUGUUUUGUUAUGGCUAAUUUUUGUUUGUUUUUAAUUUUUGUAUGUAUAUUUAAAUAAUAAAGUAUAUUUAUUGUAUAA